AUGGAGACUGUGCUGAACAAAGUCAACUCAAACUCCAAGUGCCUGCUAGAAUAUAGAAGCAUGCAUUAUUAUGAGAAUCGCUUGAGAAGCUUUGCAUGCUGGCCUUUUAAAGAGAACUGCAAGUGUACUCCUGAAAGUAUGGCCAGGGCUGGCUUGAUCCACUGUCCAGGAGCAAAUGAACCUGACCUGGCAAAGUGUUUCUUCUGCUUAAUAGAGUUGGAGGGCUGGGAGCCAGAUCAUGAUCCCUGGCUGGAGCACUCCAAGCGUGCCGGAGACUCUUGUGGGUUUUUGUCCCUUUCUAAAAGUUUUGACGACCUGACAGUUGAAGAAUACUACGAACUAGAGAUGGAGCGGGUCAGGAUCUUUCUUAGCAAAACUGGGCAAAGUGUAAUAAACGCCUAUGAGAAAGAAGUGGCAGCAACCAGGCAGCGUCUCGUGGACCAUUUUGUGAACAAAUACCAGUAUACGCCAGAACCUGACCCAGCCACUCCUCCUGCAACAGAAAACGACAUGCCAACUACCACAUAG